AUGGAAUAUCCGAAAUUGGAGCACGAAUCGGCUGCGGCAAUCCAUGGUUUAGUUGAUGAGUUCGAGCAACGACUAAAGAUACUCAAACAACUAGGGGAGCACACAGAACACUGGGGUGCUAUGAUCGUCCACUGGAUGUGCUCCAAGUUGGACAAGCUCACAUUACAGUUGUGGGAAGACCACGUAGUAUCAAUCAAGGAACCGUCGUUCACAAUAUUGGUGAAAUUUUUGGAGCGGAGGACACGUGUGUUGAAAGCAGUACUAUCAAACACAGUAGAAGCUAUGGGUAAAUCAACCGUCAAACGUCAACGAGCAGUUGUAUCGGCCACCACUGAAGCUGAAUCCAGAUCAUCUGCUUGCUGCUGCUGCGAGGAUCAACAUCAUUUAGCAAAAUGUUCUCGUUUUCAGAAAAUGAAAUUUAAUGAGCGAUUGCAGUUCGUAAAUACAAAACGACUUUGUAGCAAUUGCUUUCGAACCGGUCAUGGGGUCCGCGACUGCAAUUCCAAGUCUAACUGCAGGACAUGCGAUAAAAAGCAUCACACUAUGAUUCACCCUGGUUUUCCGGCUGGUACUGGAAUGGACAAUAUCCGUCAAUCUUCCUCAAAACAUGCAGGUCAAAAAGAUGCACAAGGAACAAGCUCUCUUUCAGUAACUGAUGGCAACGGAGCCUCGACACGCGAGGACAUCGAGGAACCUAGCGUCGGUUCAUACAAUGUGGAGAUCAGUUCCAAUAAGUCGAACGUAUUCCUAUCAACAAUUAUAUUAACAAUCCGAGACUGUAAUGGCAGAAAGCAUUUAGCACGAGCGCUUCUGGACAAUGGUUCGCAGAUCAAUAUCAUCAGCGAACACUUAUGUCAAAUACUACUUUUGAGGCGGAGAGCAGUGAGUGUUCCAAUUUGCGGAAUUGGACGAACGGAAUGUACAGCGAGGCAAACAGUGUCCGCUACUAUCGGAUCAAGAACGACAGGUUUUUCGGAGGAAUUAGAUUUUUUGGUGAUGCAACGGAUUACUACAGAGUUGCCUUCAGUAACAGUAUCAGUUCAACAUUGGAGAAUUCCGCAAAAUAUGCAGUUGGCAGAUCCAGAGUUCAAUAUACGCAACAGCAUUGAUUUGCUUCUCGGAGCAGAACGCUUCUACGAUUUUUUCCUGGAGAACACAAUGAAGAAGAUGAGUUUGGGCCCAAAUCUUCCGGUGUUGGUGGACACUGUCUUUGGCUGGAUAGUGUCGGGACGUGCGUUGUACCCUACUGAACAAGUAGUUGGCUGUUGUUUGGCUGCGGCUUCGGAAAAUUUAGACCAUUUGUUGGAACGAUUUUGGAGAGUUGAAAGCAUCGACGAUACGCCUGCUUGGUCCAAAGAUGAGAAGGACUGCGAGGAACAUUUUGUCCGAACACAUAGUCGUGACAUAGACGGACGGUAUGUGGUGCACCUACCCAAACGAAUUAACUACGAAAAAAUGCUUGGUAAUUCACGAUCGAUCGCAUUAAAGCGAUUCAUAAAUUUAGAGAAGCGACUAAAGCAGGACGCUGAUAUGCGGUGUCAGUAUAACGCAUUUAUGGCGGAGUACCUUCAACUAGGACAUAUGCGAGAGGUUGAUCCUGACAAACUAAAAUUGGAAACGGAAAAUGGAUUUGUCGUUUGUUAUUUGCCGCACCAUGCAGUAUUGAAGCAAUCGAGCACGACAACUUGUAUUUGCUACUACGCUUUCGCAAGCACGAAGUUGCACUCAUCGGAGAUCUGGAAAAAAUGUACCAACAAGUGA